GCAUCAAUCUCGGCACCGCGCUUGACGACAGCUAUUGGUCCAGCCUGGAAGCCCACGCCGGGCGCAUCCAUCCUGACCACUUCCUCAGGAUCUUUCCCCUGACGCGGACGACUCCCACCAUUCCUAGCGCACUCUCUGCCAGCGAGGUGCGGCCUUUACUCGAUCGAUUCACUGACCAUGAUGGCUACUUUCGCAUCUUUGCCUUCCAGCAGGAAAUGGAGGAGACUGUGUUGGGACGGCAGCCCACGACGGCAACUCACAGCUACCCUCUCCAAGCUACCUCUGCCGGCUUUCCGUUGCAACGUCCUCCACGGCCGCAAAGUGCCCGCGAGUCCAGGUCGCAGGACGGAGAUCAAAUUGAGAAGACGCACGUGCCAAAGCGGCCCCAGACAGCACGGGAGUCGAGGAACCGUCGUGCCUCCGCAGAGCUCCCCCCACGGCCUCAAACAGCCGGCGCACGCUACUCCAAGAAGAUCGACGUGAUGCAAACCCUCCUAUCACAUUUGAUGACUCACCGCGUUCGACUCUGGGAUUCUUUCGCCGACUUCGACCCGCUCAAGAAAGGUGUGGUCUCGCAAGGCGGCUUCAAGAAUGGCCUAACCACCAUGGGUCUCAGACUACGUGCUGAGGAGAUGCAGCAACUCUUCGACAGGUAUAAAAGUUCGGAUGGCCGGUUCCGCUACCACGACUUCUGCUCGGAGCUGGACGCCGCCAAUCGACAGCGCAUCGAGAAGACUGACACAAAGACAGCCAAAGCAAGAACGGGAUAUGUUUCCAAUGAACCGCCGCAAGUCACGAGCCCUGUCGUGAAGGCUAUCUUGGACAAGGUACACAGUGCAGUGGCCAGGCAUGUUCGUGCAAGAGGACUGGAUGCAGCAGCACUCUUCGAGAACUACGCGAAGCCUGGGCAGGCAUGCUAUGGCCACAUACUGUCACUGCACUUUUGGAGGGUCAUGGAUGAUUUGAGCGUCAAAUCCAUCACGCGAGAAGAUCUGGAGGAGAACGGAAAAGAGCCCCUUGGCAGCAAAGCCUUGAAAGCCGAGUUCAACUACCUUGCAUUCUGUGCCGUGGUCGACCCUACGUACUCACGUGCGCCGGUCAACGCCCAGAUGCGUAAUCAGGGGGCUCUCAAGCAGCGUGUCUUCUCCUUCGGAGGGGCCAAUCCUUACUACGAUCGCGAAGGCAGCAGCGACAGCCGUCGCAUCAAACGCUGCCCGGUGCCGCCCUCAACCUGCAAGCCCAGGAGGCUCGAGUCCUUCCGAAGCCAUGUUUUCCCAUUGAUGCUUUGCGCGCGCCAUGGGAAAUGCUUGCCCACAAAGGCCGCGGCCGUCCCAUCUCGCUGGCGGCGGCGAGACGUGGAGGACAUCCGAAGGAUCUCCCUGCAAGAGGUUCGCUCUCGUGGCUGGGUGAUCAUCUUUGGCAAGGUCUACAACUUGAGCGAGUAUGUUGAGAGGCAUCCCGGAGGAGCAGACCUCCUGCUAGGUGUGGCUGGCCGGGAUGCGACUGUGGAGUUUGAGACCAUGCGCCAUUCAAGUGCAGCCCUCGUGCAGAUGGAAAAGCUUUUCGUUGGAAUCUGCGAUUCUGCAAAAACCAGUGAGUCCAGCGAGCCUGCAAAGCCGCUGCAGCUCACUGGGGGACGCCAGAGCAGCCGACUAAAGAUCAACCAAGUUGACUCUUGGUGGAAUGUCGAAGAGUGUGGCUUCCUUCCAUGUGCUGAUCCAGUCAAGGAGCUUCCAGCUCCAUGGGACCGACUGGUGAAGCUCUCGGAAGUACUGCCUUCGCUGACAGUUCAUGGCAAGUUCCGCACAGCUGCGGAAAGAGAGCUCAGCCACGCGCUCCCCCAGAAUCGUGCAGAGAUCAAGGAGGCCUUAGACGUCCUCUCUGAAGGUGAGGCAGAGAGCCUCCACUCGCUGCUAGGAUACAUCUGCCUCGCUUACCUCCAUGGCCCACCGGACGUGUACGAGAAGGGCCAGACCGUGAAGCUGGAUAUUCUGGGUCGCCGGCCAGACUUGGACCACUUGCCCGCAUGGUUGUCGAUGCCAUGGAUCUGCGUCAGUGAGAGACUCGAGAGACGCCCUAUGCUUGACUAUGCCGGCUGUGUGCUGAACAACUGGGAGCGUCUGGACCCUGCAGGUCCCAUCAAGCCCUCCAACUUGCGGCUGCUCCGUCGCUUCACGGGGUUGGUCGAUGAGGAGUGGUUCUUCAAGACUCACAUCAUUAUUGAGUCCGAGGGCGGCCACGUCAUCAGCAGCUUGGAGGCCAUCUCCUGUGCGAUGAAGGACGAGAAUAUCCAUAACCUGUUGCAAGAGCUGCACACCCUGGAGGAGGCCUUGUGGAGGCUCGCCUCUGUGUGCUUGCCUAUCAUGUUCACGCGCUCACCCUCGGACCACUCCUUGAUGUGUGAGCCGUUCCUGUUCUUCUUUCGCUUACGACCGUAUAUCAAGUCGAUCGAUGUCACGAUGGACGUUGAUGAUGGCAAGGAAGCGUUCACGCUGAAUGGACCUUCCGGAGCCAUGAGCACCAUUCUGCCGGCAUCUUUGAUUGAAAAUGCAGG